AUCAAAAUUAACUCAAUGGCCAACAUGUACAACACACAACCAUCAACUUGUUCUUCAUACUCUCCAUCUCUUGAAGCUGAACGCACCGAUGAAAUUUCCAUUCUACUUGGUCAAAUUAUUUCUAAAUCAUCUUCUUCUUCGUCGUCUUCUUCGCCGUAUUCAAGUACUCUCAAACAAAUGAAACCACCUCAUUUGUCUGGGCUACAUAACGUUAUCCCCACAUUAUCUUCUUCUGCUGCUGCUGCUGCUGCAAACAUUUCAGAAAAGCUAGAUGACUAUGACUGCGAAAGCGAGGACGGAUUGGAGAACUUGAUGGAAGAAAUGGUUGCAAAGCAAAACCUUCGACGUAAUCCAUCAAAACGAGCACGAGCUGCAGAGGUUCAUAACAUGUCGGAAAAGAGGAGGAGAAGCAGAAUAAAUGAGAAAAUGAAGAUCUUGCAAACACUCAUCCCCAAUUCAAAUAAGACGGAUAAGGCUUCUAUGCUGGAUGAAGCUAUUGAAUAUCUGCAGCAGCUCCAGCUCCAAGUACAGAUGUUAACCAUGAGAAACGGAAUAAACUUGCACGCACCACAUGGCAUUCUUCAGCCGAACCAUAGACCCUCUGGUUUUCACCAAGGAACCCACUCCACAAACAUCACCGGGAACCAAGAAAUGCUCGUGAACCCAAUGCUUGCCCUUCCCGUUCAAUGUGCCGGCCAAAAUCAGCCACCAAUACUUGACUUUUCGCGUACAAUCAAUCAAAACUCUUCUCAGCUUGGAUCAUUUUAGUUUGUGAUUCUUAAAAAGCAUUGAUUGUGAGGCAAAACAUAUUGUAUCCAAUGCUAUUAUUGUUGUGGUCCAGCUUCUAAGUGUUUUGUUUUAGCUUUUUAACCGAGGAUUUGAUGUUAUCGUCCAUCAAAAUUGAUAGGAUUGUUGACAGAAUCAGUGUUAGAUGUGUUACCCUUUUCUAAUGUAACAUUUGAAUGUCUUUCUUAA